CGCAGCAUGAUUUUUUGCAAUGGUGAGCCUCUUGCAGGGCUGAUCCAGAUCCAGAUCCAGAAUCAGCUGCGACCCCUAUCUGCCAGAGCUCGGCACUCCCCACGGAGGAGGAGAGGAAGAGGAGGAGGAGAUGCUGUCACCGAGCUGAGAAGAUGACAGUAAUGGAGACAUCAUUUUAAAAAAAGGUCCCUGUAUAACUUGUCCCCGUGUCCCCGUGUCUCUGUCUCUGUGGGGUCCUCCGGGAUGAUGAUGGCGUCCCGGUGCACGGAGCAAACCGUGCAGGAGUUCCUGCUGGAGAGAGGAGGGAGGGUCCAACAGAUGGAGCUCAUGGAUCAUUUCCUCCCUCAGAAGGAGCAGCCGGGCCGAGGGGAGGACCAGGAGGUGCUGCGGCGCAUCGUGGACACCGUGGGCACCGUGACGGUGGAGGACGGCGUCAAAUUUGUUUGUUUGACCGCUGAAGGCGGCGCGGAGGCGGUGAUGCGUCCGGACACGGGCGGCCACGACCACGGGGAGUGUAACGGCAACAUCCAGGAGACACUGGACAACAACUAUGUCAACGGCAACCCGGACAACCCAGGCAACCCAGGCAACCCUGGCAACCCUGGCAACGGAGAGCAGCCAGGAGCUUCCAGCUCGUUGGUUGCCAGCCUGGACAACGACAAACAGUCCAACGGCAACCAGCAACCUGAGCAACCUGAGCAACCUGCAGCCCCCCCCCAGACCCCUAAGACCAGCUCAGGGACCCCCACCUCCAGUGGAGGAGGGGAGGUGAAGCUGAGGGAGCGGAGGAGGAGGGAGUCGGCUCCGGUCCUCGGGAUCGGAGACCUGGACCAGGCUCACCCUUUGGGCUCCCACAGCCAGCAGCUGAGGGGGGCCCGCAGGGUGUCCCGAGGGUCCCAGAGGGCCCUGCUGACCAGCUGCCUGUCUGAGGACAGCACCCUGGAGGGUCUGGACCCCAUGGGGGACAUCAACACCCCCAAGGGGAGCCGCAGGAACUUCAUAGAGCUGAUGAUGAGCAGUUCUCCUCAGGUCCGGAGGUCCCUGAUCAACCGUGGUUCUCGUCUGCGGGACUCGGUGAGGAGCGACGGAGACACCACCUCCAUCCUCUCCUCCACCACCGAUGAGGACUGCGCCUCGGUGACCCUUGACCCCCUGGAGCACGAGUGGAUGCUGUGUGCGUCCGACGGGCUGUGGGAGAGUCUGCAGCCUCUGCUGGCGGUGGAGCCGGGCCUGGUGGCCAAGAGGGACUUUGUGACAGGCUUCACCUGCCUCCACUGGGCCUCCAAGCAGGGCAAGGCGGAGCUGCUCUCCCAGCUGCUGCUCUUCUCUAAGGAGAACUCCAUCCCUGUUAACGUUAACGUCAGGUCAACGGCUGGAUACACGCCGCUACACCUGGCUGCCAUGCACGGACACACACAGGUGGUGCGUGUGCUGCUGUCCGACUGGGAGGCGGACCCCGAGGCCCGGGACUACAGCGGGAGGCGGGCCAUCCAGUACCUGCCCCCCCCGCUGGCCGCCGACCUGCAGGAGGAGGGGCUGGUGACAUCACCGGGGGCGGAGUCAGACAGCGAGAACGCCACCAGCAGCGGCGGCGGCGGCGGCGGGCUGCGUGGAUGGAGAUUUCCCAGAGUGCUCCAGGGCAACCUGAACCCCCUGAGGCUCCUGAACCCCCCCGCCGAGGCCCCGGAGGAGGGGCCGGGGGCCCCCAAGACCAAGGGGGUCCAGAGGAAGUCGUCUCUGAGCCGGCUGAACGCCCGGCUGCACCGCGGGCGCCACCGCGCCCAGAUCAUCCACAGCGCCUCCUUCAGGGACUCGGGGGAGGUCGGGAGAGGGGAGGACCUCCCCAGCAGCCCCCUCCGGACCCGCCCGCUCUCUAACCUGUUCGGAUGAACACACAGAACUCAAAAAUACAGUUUACUCACAUUUAUUAUCAGCAGCUCGGACGUUUAUAUGACCAAAAUUAACAGCACACAUUUUAAUACGUAGUGUCACAGCUGUAAAAAAGGUCUAAAAACCAGAUCACACAGUAAAUCUGAGGGAAAUGAUCGACAAGAUUUGACAAGAUUUCUUAAAUUCAGAUGAUUAAAUCUAGAAAUAAGCAUGUUGAACACUUAAAAUAAGAAAUUAACUCUUAAAACCAGAUAAAUUAUCUUAACACUUCUAAAUCUAAAGUUUUUUUAAAAAUCUUGGUAAGAAACAAAUAAUUUAAUUUAAUUUAUGAGAUAAAAGUCGAAAUUAUGAGAUCAAAAAGUCAGAAAUUAUGAGAUAAAAGUUGAAAUGAGAUUAAAAAAGUCAUAAUUUUCAGAUAAAAAAAGUUGAAAUUAUAAAAUCAAAGUCGAAAUUAUGAGAUAAAAAAGUUGAUAUAAUGAGAUAAAAAAGUCAUAAUUAUGAGAUAAAAAGUUGAAAUUAUGAGAUAAAAAUUUAAAUUAUAAGAUAAAAGUCGAAAUUAUGAGAUAAAAGUUGAAAUUAUGGUAUUAAAAAGUCAUAGUUUUGAAAUAAAAAAGUUGAAAUAAUGAGAUAAAAAAGUCAUAAUUAUGAGAUAAAAGUUGAAAUGAGAUUUAAAAAGUCAUAAUUUUGAGAUAGAGCAUUUUGAAAUAAUGACAUAAAAAACCCCAAAAAACUUUAGAUUUAGAAGUGUUUGAUAAUUUAUCUUGUUUUAAGAGUUAAUUCCUUAUUUUAAGUGUUCAACAUGCUUAUUUCUAGAUUU